UCAUAGCAUCGUUUGAGGUCAGUGAAAUGGUACCAGUGUUUAGUUAGUCAUUGGGGUAACUUGAUGUGAGAGAUGUAUUUUGUGGAAAAUUAAAUAUAAGUAAAACAUUUUAAAUUAUAUUUUAUAUGCACAGGAAGAGCUAGCUAUCAGAGGAAAUCCUUUUAAGUCCUGUUCUGAACUCUGCUAGUUUUGGCUAGCGAGCUGCCUCACUGGGUGAAAGUACUUGCUGCGGAACCCUUCUGACCCCAGAGUUGUAAGAGACCAUCCAGGACCUUCCAGUCAUGAAUAAUCUGAUGGCUCCUGAAUUAACCGGGAAAACAAACAUAUCAAGUGCCAUUUGAAGAGUGUGUCUAUAUAUGUAAAACCUUUUCUCUACAUAUAAACUUUCCCAUAAGAAGACAUUCUGAAUUUUGCAACUGAUGAAGAUUAAGCAUCAGAUGGAACACCUUUACACUGUUGGGGUCAGGAGCCCGUGGAGAACAGUCUCUCAUUAAUGUCAGAUUUUCCUUACAGUGCUCAUAAGCAAAAGCAAGUUUGCAAAAGAAAAAAAUUGCACAGAUUAAACCUAAAGAAUACCACUCCAGUGUAAAGAAGGAACAGACUUUAAAACUCUGAAUUGAUACUCAGUAACUUUUUCUGUGGUUGUAGCAGGAGUGAGGGGACAGAUCUGAAAAGGGACAGAUUCCUUUGUCUUCAGCUAUUUGAAGUUUUUUUAUUUAUUGUUUAUCUUUUUUCUUUUCUGCAUAUAUAUGCUAUUUUAAAAUACUAAUUGGAACUGUCAGUUACAAAAUAAAUAUCAAGAAAAGCCUUUUUUGGCCCAAAGAUGUGAACAGACUUGCAGGUGAACAAGAAGAUAUCUUUUGGUAAAGCUUGGAGCUGGUCUUGGGAGAUGGUACAUCUUGGAGAACUCUGAUACACACCUGGGUGGCUGGUUUAUUUAAUAGACAAUUCUAAGAUUGCUUUUUUCAUUAAGAUAGAAGAGUAUGUGAUUUUUACGAGUGCAAAAGCAGAGAAACAAGAGAAAGGAGAAACAAGCCUGCAGCCUGAGUCUGUGUAAGCAAGAAGUAGGGCCCAACUGAGGAAAUGACUUGGUCCAUUUAGAUAGCAGUUUAUUCAUCCUCAGUGACCCGCUGGCCUCCACCUCUGCUGAGGGAAGGGCUUUGCUCCAGUCUCUAUGGCACUGAGAGUUGUUCCAGCCCGUGGAGGAGUCAUUCUAGGGAGCGCCGUGUUCCUAGGGACACAGGGCCAGGUUUUGAGACAGGAAGCUUCUGGCUGUGAUCAGUGGGGGAAAGAGUGAUUUUCUUGUUAAAACUGACUGUUGUCUGCAUGAGCUCUGGUCUGACUUUGCACGUUAGUGUGCCUUUCCCCUUAUGCAACCUUUUUUGGCUGUACAGCAGAAACUUGCCUAGUUCAGAAAACGUGCCAGAGGGUGGCUUCAGAGGGAAGAUGAUCUUGUGUGAUCAUUCUUUGCAUUUGAACUAUUGAAUAGAAAAAUCCAGCUAGAGGAAUUCUUACCGCCUUAAGUUACUUGAAAUCUAUGUGUUUGUAACCCUUUGUUUCUGGAAUUGCAUUACAAAAAAACUGGAAUCUCAGGCUGAGAAUAACGAGGCUGAGUAAAAUUGAAGAGAACUGCCUCUCCGGUCACCAGUAACAGCUCUUUCUCCAAAGGAUUGGCAUGGUUUCCCCCUAAGAACUUGAAAAUGAGAAUGGACUCCGUGUAUUUUUAGGCAUUACCUUUCGUAGCCGACUGACGUCUUUUAUAGAAGAGUUUUUUCACUAUGCGUUUGGUGGAUCUUUAUAAGCUAUUGACCUAAUUGGACUCUAGAUCAGUUGUAACUAAAGGAGAAAAAAAAAAAACAAACCAACAGAACCCAACCACAAAAAUAAGCCAAUAAAAGAACUUGGUUUGUUAAAGUGAAAUACUUCAUUGAGAAAAGUAUGUAUGCAGCAGUNGAACAUGGGCCUGUGCUUUGCAGCGAUUCCAACAUCCUCUGCCUGUCCUGGAAAGGGCNUGUUCCCAAGAGUGAGAAGGAGAAGCCUGUGUGCCGAAGGCNCUACUAUGAAGAAGGAUGGUUGGCCACAGGCAAUGGGCGAGGUGUGGUGAGGGUGACUUUAACCUCAAGUCACUGUCACAGAGAUAGGAGUACGCCACAGAGAAUAAACUUCAACCUGCGAGGCCACAACAGUGAGGUUGUGCUGGUGAGAUGGAAUGAGCCAUACCAGAAACUGGCCACAUGUGAUGCAGACGGAGGAAUCUUUGUGUGGAUUCAGUAUGAAGGCNGGUGGUCUGUGGAACUGGUCAAUGACCGCGGGGCUCAGGUGAGCGAUUUCACGUGGAGCCAUGAUGGGACUCAAGCUCUCAUUUCAUAUCGAGAUGGGUUUGUCCUGGUUGGUUCUGUCAGUGGACAAAGACACUGGUCAUCUGAAAUCAACUUGGAGAGCCAAAUCACGUGUGGUAUAUGGACUCCCGAUGACCAGCAGGUGUUAUUUGGCACAGCAGAUGGGCAGGUGAUUGUCAUGGACUGCCACGGCAGAAUGCUAGCCCAUGUCCUCCUGCAUGAAUCUGAUGGCAUCCUCAGCAUGUCCUGGAAUUACCCCAUCUUCCNGGUGGAGGAUAGCAGUGAGAGUGACACGGACUCAGACGACUAUUCCCCUCCCCAAGAUGGACCUGCGGCGUACCCCAUCCCUGUGCAGAACAUCAAGCCUCUGCUNACCGUCAGCUUCACCUCCGGAGACAUCAGCUUAAUGAACAACUAUGACGACUUGUCUCCCACUGUCAUCCGUUCAGGGCUGAAAGAGGUGGUGGCCCAGUGGUGUACACAGGGAGACUUACUGGCAGUUGCUGGGAUGGAGCAGCAGGCCCAGGUCAGCGAGCUGCCCAAUGGUCCUCUUCUGAGGAGUGCCAUGGUCAAGUUCUACANUGUUAGAGGAGAGCACAUUUUCACUCUGGAUACACUCGUGCAGCGCCCCAUCAUCUCCAUCUGUUGGGGCCAUCGGGACUCCAGGCUGCUUAUGGCAUCAGGACCAGCCCUGUAUGUGGUUCGUGUGGAACACCGAGUGUCCAGUUUCCAGCUGGUGUGCCAACAGGCCAUCGCCAGCACCCUUCGAGAAGACAAGGAUGUUAACAAGCUGACCUUGCCCCCUCGUCUCUGUUCCUACCUGUCCACUGCCUUCAUCCCCACUAUUAAGCCCCCGAUUCCAGACCCCAACAACAUGCGAGACUUUGUCAGCUACCCCUCAGCGGGCAANGAACGGCUGCACUGCACCAUGAAGCGUACAGAGGAUGACCCAGAGGUCGGUGGGCCCUGCUAUACACUCAACUUGGAGUAUCUGGGAGGACUCGUGCCCAUUCUCAAGGGGAGGCGCAUCAGCAAACUGNGGCCAGAGUUUGUCAUUAUGGACCCUCGGACAGACAGCAAGUCAGAUGAGAUCUAUGGGAACAGCUUAAUCUCUACUGUGAUUGACAGCUGCAACUGCUCAGACUCCAGUGAUAUUGAACUGAGUGAUGAUUGGGCUGCCAAGAAGUCUCCCAAAAUUUCCAGAUCUAGCAAAUCGCCCAAACUCCCCAGGAUCAGCAUUGAGGCCCGAAAGUCACCCAAGCUUCCACGGGCUGCUCAAGAGAUUUCUCGGUCUCCCCGAUUGCCCAUGCGCAAGCCCUCCAUGGGCUCGCCCAGCCUGACCCGAAGAGAGUUUCCUUUUGAAGACAUCACUCAGCACAACUAUCUUGCUCAGGUCACAUCCAAUAUCUGGGGAACCAAGUUUAAGAUUGUGGGCUUGGCUGCAUUCCUACCAACCAACCUUGGUGCAGUAAUCUAUAAGACCAGCCUGCUGCAUCUCCAGCCUCGGCAGAUGACCAUUUAUCUGCCGGAGGUCAGGAAGAUUUCCAUGGACUAUAUUAACCUGCCCGUGUUCAACCCAAACGUUUUCAGUGAGGAUGAAGAUGACUUACCAGUUCCAGGAGCAUCAGGUGUCCCUGAAAACAACCCUCCUUGUACGGUGAACAUCCCGAUUGCGCCAAUCCACAGCUCUGCUCAAGCUCUGUCUCCCACACAGAGCAUAGGGCUGGUGCAGUCCCUGCUGGCCAAUCAAAAUGUGCAGUUGGAUGUCUUAACCAAUCAGACAACAGCUGUAGGGUCAGUAGAGCAUGCAGGUGAUAGUGCUACCCAGUACCCAGUCUCCAGUCGGUAUUCCAAUCCUGGACAGGUGAUUUUUGGAGGUGUAGAGAUGGGCCGCAUCAUUCAGAAUCCUCCUCAAUUGCCUUUGCCACCACCGCCACCCCCACCACCACAGGCGCCUAUGCAGCUUUCUGGGGUGGACCAUGGAGAUCGGGACCAUGAGCACCUGCAGAAGUCAGCCAAGGCCCUGCGGCCUGUGCCUCAGCUGGCUGCCGAGGGGGAUGCGGUAGUUUUCAGUGCCCCGCAGGAGGUCCAGGUGGCGAAGAUGAAUCCCCCACCCCCGUAUCCAGGAACUAUCCCUGCUGCCCCCACCACAGCCGCACCCCCACCCCCUCUGCCACCACCACAGCCCCCAGUGGAUGUGUGUUUGAAGAAGGGUGACUUGUCACUGUACCCUACAGCAGCACAUUACCAGCCUCCACUAGGCUAUGAGAGGAUUACCACCUUUGACAGCAGUGGCAAUGUGGAAGAGGUGUGCCGGCCUCGUACUCGGAUGCUCUGUUCCCAGAACACCUACACUCUCCCUGGCCCAGGCAGUUCUGCCACCUUGAGACUCACAGCCACUGAGAAGAAGGUCCCUCAACCCUGCACCAGUGCCACUCUGAACCGACUAACUGUCCCUCGAUACUCCAUCCCCACAGGGGACCCACCUCCUUACCCUGAAAUUGCUAGCCAGCUGGCCCAGGGGCGGAAUGCCGCUCAAAGGCUGGACAACAGUCUCAUCCAUGCCACCCUACGAAGGAACAACCGAGAGGUUGCACUUAAGAUGGCCCAGCUGGCAGACAGCUCCCGUGCCCCACUGCAGCCCCCAGCCAAGCCUAAGGGGGGCGCUGCUGGGGCAGUGGCACAGCUCCCAGCAAGACCUCCACCUGCCCUAUACACCUGCAGCCAAUGCAGUGGAGCAGGGCCCAGCUCCCAGUCAGGUGCAGCCCUGGCCCAUGCUGUCAGCACCUCCCCACUGGCCUCCCAGUCCUCCUACAAUCUUCUAAGCCCUCCUGACACCUCCCGUGAUCGUACUGACUAUGUCAACUCAGCCUUCACAGAGGAUGAGGCCCUGUCUCAGCACUGUCAGCUCGAGAAGCCUCUGAGGCAUCCCCCACUUCCUGAAGCUGCUGUCACCAUGAAGCGGCCUCCCCCUUACCAGUGGGACCCCGUGCUGGGUGAGGACGUUUGGGUUCCCCAAGAAAGGACAGCACAGCCUACAGUGCCCAACCCCUUAAAACUGUCCCCCCUCAUGCUAGGGCAAGGCCAGCACCUGGAUGUGGCUCGAGUGCCCUUUGUGUCUCCCAAGUCUCCGUCCAGCCCUACUGCCACCUUCCAGCCAGGCUAUGGGAUGGGAGUGCCGUAUCCAGGCAGCUAUAACAACCCCUCUUUGCCUGGAGUACAAGCUCCAUGCUCCCCUAAGGAUGCCCUGUCCCAGGCACAGUUUGCACAACAGGAGCCCGCUGUGGUGCUUCAGCCAGCGUACCCACCCAGCCUUUCCUACUGCACCUUGCCCCCCACGUACCCAGGAAGCAGCACAUGCUCCAGUUUACAGCUGCCGCCUAUCGCCUUGCAUCCUUGGAACUCCUACGGCACCUGCCCACCCAUGCAGAAUACCCAGGGCACGCUCCCCCCCAAGCCCCACUUAGUGGUGGAGAAGCCCCUUGUGUCCCCUCCACCUGCUGAGCUCCAAAGCCACAUGGGCACAGAGGUGAUGGUAGAGACUGCAGACAAUUUCCAAGAAGUCCUCUCUCUGACAGAAAGCCCUGUACCACAGAGAACAGAAAAAUUUGGAAAGAAGAACCGGAAGCGCCUGGAUAGCCGAGCAGAGGAAGGAAGUGUUCAGGCCAUCACUGAGGGCAAAGUGAAAAAGGAUGCUAGGACUUUGAGUGACUUUAAUUCUCUCAUCUCCAGCCCCCGCCUAGGGAGAGAGAAGAAGAAAGUGAAAAGUCAGAAAGACCAACUGAAAUCAAAGAAGUUGAACAAGACAAAUGAGUUCCAGGACAGCUCAGAGAGUGAGCCCGAGCUGUUCAUCAGUGGGGAUGAGCUGAUGAACCAAAGCCAGGGCAGCAAGAAGGGGUGGAAAAGCAAGAGGAGCCUGCGGACAGCCAGUGAGCUGGAGGAAUUUAAGUGCCGCAAAGCCAGUGAGAAGGAAGACGGGCGGCUGGGCAGCCAGGGCUUCGUGUACGUGAUGGCCAACAAGCAGCCUCUGUGGAACGAAGCCACGCAGGUGUACCAGCUGGACUUUGGAGGGAGGGUGACCCAGGAGUCUGCCAAGAACUUCCAGAUUGAGUUGGAAGGACGACAGGUGAUGCAGUUUGGACGGAUUGAUGGCAAUGCAUACAUCCUAGACUUCCAGUACCCCUUCUCGGCUGUUCAGGCUUUUGCUGUUGCCCUGGCCAAUGUGACUCAGCGCCUAAAAUGAAGAGACAGAUGCAGGAGGAGACAUGGCAGGAGCCUUUGGAGGCGGAGCUCAUGCUGCUACUACCUGAGAAGAACAGAGGAAGCCAGCAGGCCAGGAGGGUGCUGGUCUGUAGGCAUGGCCGUUUGUCCCAUUAGCCUUUAUUGUCUCUUUUCUUUUGAUAGAGUGGUGUUUGGAAGUCAAGAAUUUGAGGUAUCCUGUGUUCUUGAAGGCGGUGUAGCUUGGCUACAGAAUGCUGUACUGAAUUUCCUUCUCGUGACUAGGACUAAGGGCCUUUGCAGAGAAGAUAGGGUGCUCGGCCUUGCUCUCCUUCUAAACAUAGGGAGUGUUAGUGUUCAUUCUUCCUGUCAUCUGACCUCUGUUCCAACAUUAUCACUCAUGAAAAAAAAAAUUUUUUUUUUUACACACAACCAAAACUCUGGAAGAUUCAGCUUGUAUUGGGUUGUGGAGGACAGCAUUUCAUUCACGGAUGUGUGCUGCUCACUAAAAGGUACCUGGAUGAAUGAGGGAUGCAUAUGCAAAUGCCUUGUGCUCUGCUUAGGUAAAUGACCUUAGAUGGGUACUGCUGCCAGUGUCAGUGUGAUUUGAUAGGCAGUGUGUGAGAGAAGAGACUGCCCAUGGACACUGGCUCACAUGCAGACAACCGGAGGAGCUGGUAGUGUGGCUUAUGCAAGGGUUAUUUUCCAGGGAUGGUAGUUGGAAACCCCACUGGUCUCUUGAGUCAGAAUUAAUCCUAUCUGACUUUGAAAGAAGGUAAGAGACUUCAGGCGGUGGGCCAAUCCGGGCUGGGGUAGAGCUGGGUUUACAUCAUAGUCAUUAGACUGCUCAGUUACCAGAUACCUCCCUCCGGCUGUCAAGAAACUGCCUUUGUUCUCCUUCCCCCUCUGUUUUAAUCCGGGACAUUUUACUGUAGACAUCUUUCUCUUUAGUUCCUAUUACUCUGUCUUUUCGAAAACGUGAAUGAGACUUGAUUUGCAGCUACACCUUUCCUUCCCUUGUCCACAUUAAAGUUCUGUUGUUUUGAAUGCUUUCCAACAAUUAUAAGUGUAAUCAAAAAUAUGUAUGCAUUUCCCAGCAUAUUAAAAGAUAGAGUCAUAGUCACAUCUUUAGGGAAAACUCCACAAUAUGCUGUAAGGGAAAAAAAAAAAAAGAACGGUUGUUGGUUGGUUUUAAUGACCGCAUUAAAAGAUUGACCACACCCACGGGAGAGCCUUGUUAAGACUGUCUGUGCUUUAUUCAUUCUGCCUGUAGCAUCUUUGCAAAAUUUCUUCUCGUGGGAACACACCCAGGAAAAUACCCAAACUCGGCGGUAAGACCCCGCUCUUGCUGUUGCUUAUUCCCAGAGCACAAGAGCUUUAACUUUUGAGUUGGGUUUUAUUUAAAAGCUGACAAGUGGAAGAUGCUAAGGAAAUUCUUUUCAGCUUAAACAUUGUUUUGGUUUCCUCCUCUUUUUCCUCUUCCUCCUCCUCCUUGUGUUUGGUUUAAAAAUUAGAAAAGAAACUGUCUGAUUCCUUUAGCUGAGCAAAAUUAAAUUACUCAUCAUUUUUUUCCUAGAUUCCAAAGAAAUAUGGACAAGAACAUCUCCCAGCUAAUAGUGGAGUUUUCCAUUUUAUAAUUUAAAAUAUGGGAGCUGAUUCUUAGGUGGGCCAGUUGUCCCAGAACAAGUUGAACAGAAUAUUCAGAGUUACUGUGUUUACGUAAGUUCCUGUAGCUUGAUAAGGUGUCUCAGUGCUUAUCAUUAGUUGUGCAAUACUAUUGUAGCCUCUCUGUUUAUGGAAUAAUUUAAAUGCAGUUUUCUUUGUUUUGUUGUCUAAGAGAUAGUUAUUUAUCUUGCUCUUUAUAGUAUUCUUGGGAACUAUUUUGUUACUAUGUGUUGGUGAUUUAUGCCCAUUUUAUUAUUUAUUUAGAAAAAUAGUACCUUUGUAAUGAGUUGUUUGGUGGCAAUAUAUUUUGCUGCAAAAAAAUAAAGAGAAUAUGGCAGAAGGAUUGGGGGGGGGUGCUUUGUAACUUUCUUGAGAGUUGGGAGAAAAUCUUAUUGAUCCCCUAAAAAAAUAAAUUCACUCUUUAUCUCAGUAUUGAUUAUAUGCAAAAUAGGCAAUUUCUUUGAGAUAUCAUACCCUAAGAUAGUAUUUCUUAUUUUGAAAAUGUUAGUUAAAAAUAAAAUGUGAUAAGGCACAAGGAAGGGCAAGAUAUCUGAAAUAAGAGUCUCAAAAGAGUCCCUUAGUAAAUAAUCUUCAAGUUUUAGGUUUGGAUUGGUUUUUUUGUUGUUGUUGGUUUUUUUGUUGUUUUUUUAGUUAAAAUUCACCUUUUCCAGUCUGCAAAAGUUAUACUUACAACUUUACUAAAUAAGAACAAAUAUGGAGGAAAUCCCUAAAAGAUACUUUUUGUCUGUGGAGAUGAGGGCUUCUGGCCUUGAAGUUGCUUGACCUGUGAGCUGCAGGAACACCAGCCCCUCACUAGACUCCUCCCCCAGGCGGAAGAGUGAGUCUCAGGUUCCACAUGGGCAGUAGGCUGCUGGCUGCAGCAGUUGUCACAUCCUAUCAUUUAAGGCAAUGACUUCUUCCAGUCAGCAUCACUUGAUUAAAUUCUCCUCAAAUUAAGACUUUUAAGUAACAGAAUUCUAGGUACUUCAUGGUUAUGAAUAGCAAUUUGUGAAUGUCCCAAUGUCUCAUUGGAUACCGAAAUUAAAAACAGUCAACUACAUAGAGACCCAUAGGAAAAGAGUAUAUUAACCAACAUGAAAACUAGUGUUGGAUUUAUUUGGCUCUAGUAUCAUCAAAACAAGUUGUGGGUGAAUAUACCCAUUUGAAUGUAUAGCCUGAGAAAAACUGGGACCGUCACAGCUAGAAAUACUCCGCUCUAAUGAACAUACAAAGCAAAGGCUUUUGCGUGUUGGUCUUUUUCAUCCACAGACAGACCUGCCUUCUGUGUGAUACUCAUUCUGCAAUCAAAGGUCAGGGGCUCAAGGCCCCAUUGUCCUGCCACGGGGAUAGAGAGUGACUUUGGGCAAGCCCCUAGGAUACCUGUCCUCCUUUUGUCCAUCUCUUAAAUGAAAAGUCAUGCCUGGAGAAGCUUAAACACUACAUACUGGCUCCGGUAGCCCGAGAGCUCAGAAUUCAGCAGCUCAUCUUUCCCUUCACAAGGGUGAGAGUAUGUUUCAAAAUGUGGUACCUGUGUAGAAAAAAAGUUUUCAUGAAUCUGUAAGCUGUCUGUCUCCUGAAAAGAAACCAGAAGUUUAUCCCUAAAUGUGUUUAGAAUGCUUAUUCUAAUAAAAUUAUGGAAGCAUCAAAUCCAAGUAUAGUGGAAGUCCCCAGUGAGUGGGUUCUACUCAGUGGGCAUCCUCAAGUAGAACAGGCACUGUGUGUGUAAAACUGGGUGUGGGUUGCCGCCUUUGGUGUGCUGUCCUGUGAGCUGCAGCCAGGUUGGCUGGGUUUGAGCUGGCAUUUGCCUUCCUGGGAGUUUUUGGUAACAUACAGUUCAGAAGUCUACACCACUGUGCAUCUCCCUUUCUCUGGCUGAUGAACUCGGAGGAUUGUGACUUACUUUGUUUCCAUUUUCUUCUGCUUUGUGCAGUUCUCCUGUGACUUUGUAUCUGUAUUUUCUGUUUACAAGUCAAUUUUAGGGGAAGGGUAGGAUGUUAAGAUCUAGUUUAUUGUAGAUAUUUUUUUUCUCGUGUUGUAGAAAAGCAUGGGUUAUACAUUUGAGUGAAAAAGGCACUGUAUUAUUUACCAAAGGUGUAUUGUUUGCAUUUGUUUAUAAAUGCAUUAUUUUAGUACUGUAAAUUUGGGCAUAAUUUCCGAGUUUACUACUAUUGCUACUGCUGGCAUCUGUCUUUCUCCUUCUCUGUCAUCUUUUUAUCCCCAUAAAUGUGCAAUGUGGGGUGCAUAUGUCACAGACCAAACAAGACCACCAGCAUGUUCUUGUCCACACUUUGGGAACAGCGUGCACUGUUUAUACACAUUGGUCCCUGCAGUGUUGGUUCUGUCCUUUGAAAAGUCAGCAUUUUGCUUUAACUUUCCAGACAAGAUCUGUUGAGAGUCACCAUUGCAUCUCAAUGAGCUCUCCCUUAUUUGCCUAUCUUUGUAUGUAUUUUGUAUACUAGAUUGUCCAGGAAGUAUUCUAGAAGGGAGUAAUGGUUUGCAUUCAAAAUGAUGUAAUUUGUCCAAAUUAUUUUGCCUUUAAAAUUGAAAUGGGUUAAUCUCAUUUUUUUUCUCGAUGAUUUGAAAUUGUAAAUUUGUCCAGCUAUUGCUUAAUAAAAUUUUGCAGAUCAAAAAAUA